ACUAAAGACAGAAAUCUGGGACCGUUGACCCCGCCAGCUCUUCUCCUCCUUUACCAGUAAGUGUUGCUGAUGACAGCAUAAUAUGUCAAAUGCACGAUAUCGGCCGAUUCCUCCAGAGGAAGGUCAAACACAACGUCGACCAAUUCGAACUUCGCGACACUUUUCAUUUCGGAACGCCACGCUAAGACCGUGUUGAAUGCAGAUCCUGACCCCCUUGGUCAAACCGGUCAAGUCGACGGACAAGUUAUUAUCAAAUUCAUCAAGCGGAAAAUACUCGUGGACGACAAUUCAACAAUGAUUUCAUGCAUGUGGCCCUUUACGACGAUCUAGAUUCUAGAACUUAUCCAUCACCCAACUACUCUAAGUCGUCUCGCAAGCUCGAUUGACGAUGGACGACUUAGCCACGGUCAAUGCCGCUCUAGCCGACGAGCUGAUCUCAGUGAAUUCUAUAUAUGGCGAUACGACUCUAGACCUGGCCGGAAUUCCAAAAGAUGGAAGCGACAUAGUCUGCGUUCUUCGAUUGCCCUCACAUGCCGACACGGCUCUGCGGCUCUCCUUCCCUCUGGCAUAUCCGGAUUUGCCGCCUGAGAUCGUCGGCACCGAAACAUUCGGUGGCCCACGCGGGGAAGGCAAACGACUCGUCGAACUCGCGCAAGAUGUGUUAGCGAACGUCCAUAGGCCCAGUGAGGUCUGUAUCUUCGAUUUCCUGGAAGACCUUAGCACGCUGCUGGAAUCGGAGGGGGUUCUUCAUGAUCAAGUCGAACCGGAGCAGAAUGAUCACGCAGAGGAACUUGCGGGAAGCGAGCAGAGGCAGCAAUUGGCCGCACAACUCCUUGGGGAAGAACCUCCCUGGUCCAUCUCGGAGCCCAUCGCCAGCAAACGGAGCGUCUUUGUUGCUCGUGCGGCACCAGUCCAAUCCGUGGAAGAGGCAAGUCGCUUCAUCAUGCACUUGAAAGAUACCAACAAGAAAGUCGCCUCUGCAACGCACAACAUUACGGCGUGGCGGAUCAAGCGAGACAACAUCGUUUAUCAAGACUAUGAUGACGAUGGUGAGGAUGCGGCUGGUGGACGACUACUGCAUUUGUUGCAGUUGACCGAUUCUUGGAACGUUGUCGUCAUCGUCACAAGAUGGUAUGGCGGAAUCCACCUGGGACCGGACAGAUUCCGCCUAAUCGGAGCUGUUGCAAGAGACGCGCUAGUGGUCGGAGGGUUUGUCAAGGAGAAGAAGAAAGCUGGAUGAGAUAUUCCUGGAAACAAUAGGUUGGGGGCCUAUCUGAUGACACGUGUAGAAGGUGGUGGAUUAAGGACUCCGAGGGAAUCAGCUUCCACAGGUUCUGAGCUUACUCUGGAUCCAUUCAUGUCCAGCUUCUCUCGGACGCCGUUAAAUAAGAUGGCAAGCCGAAUGAUGCCGGUCGAUGCCCAGAUGCUCCAUUGGCCAACAGACA